AUGCGCGUGCUCGGCCUGGGGUUUGGGCUGCUGCUCGUAGCAGCCGCGAUGUGCGCGCCGGCUACCCUUCCCUCACUGGCCAUAUGUGUGGCCAUUAAGGACCAGGCUGCAGAUGUGCGGGAGUGGAUCAUCUAUCACCAUGCAUUAGGCGUUCAAAAAUUCUAUAUCUGGGACACAGGCAGCGUUCCGCCGCUGCUGGUAGCGCUGUAUGACCGCUGCCUACGGCGCUGGGGUAAUGCUCACACUUUCAUGGCCUUCAUCGAUACCGAUGAGUUCAUGGUGCUACGGGACGGCACGCCCGACCUACCCACCCUGGUGAUGCAGUUGAAGGAUUAUGUGGGGCACGGCGGGCUGGUAAUCAAUUGGGAGGUGUUUGGCAGCGGCGGCCUGCAGCUGCGUCCCAAGGGCAAUGCGAUGAUGUCCUACUGGCGAUGCUCCCCCCGAAACCACCCAGUCAACACGCGGCACGAGCCUGUGCCUGGGCCCAAGUCGCGGACGCCGGUGCAGGAGCGAUGGGCGCUGUACCACUACGCCAUCAAGUCCGUGGACGACUUCCAGCAGAAGAUGAUGCGGGGGUCGGGGAUGGGCAACGUCAAGACGCUGGCCUACUUGCAAUACGUGGACAACUUCACAGACGCCCGCUGCCCCGAUGCGCUGGACAUGGGCCUGCAGCUGAACAACCUGAUGGGGCUGCAGGGUGCCCUGUAA